CAUUGUUGACCUUUACAAAAUUGUUUUCUUUAAGAGUUGCUCAUAGGCACUUCUUAAUGUGCCAGAACACUGGCGGUAAUUUGAUUUUCUAUCAGGGUAGCAGAAAAAUGGAGGGUCGUUAUUAUCUUGUUUUCAUAUCUUUUUGCAUUAUACACAUUGUUCAGGCUCAGCAAGGAUUCAUCAGUUUGGAUUGUGGGUUGCCGACUAAUGACUCUCCUUAUAUCGAACCGGUAACCGGAUUAGUGUUCUCAUCAGAUGCAGACCACAUCCAGAGUGGAAAAAGCGGUAGAAUCCAGAAGGAUCUUGAAACAUUACACAUAAAGCCUUAUUUGUUUCUGAGAUACUUUCCAGAUGGGGUACGGAACUGCUAUACUCUAGACGUCCUUCAGAACAUAAAAUACCUGAUCAAAGCUGUGUUUGUGUAUGGAAACUACGAUGGUUUCAGUGAUUAUCCGAGCUUUGAUUUAUAUCUAGGCCCUAACAAGUGGGCGAGGGUUGACUUGGAAGGAAAAGUUAAUGGCACUGUUGAAGAGGUUAUUCACGUACCGAGGUCGAACUCUCUGCAGAUUUGUCUUGUCAAGACGGGUAACUCUUUGCCGUUCGUAUCAGCUCUGGAACUGAGGCUGUUGAGGAACGAUACUUACGUUGUCCCAGACGUUUCCUUGAAGAAGUUGUUUCGGAGGUACUAUAGACAGUCGGAUCGGUUAAUACGGUAUCCUGAUGAUGUUUUCGAUCGUAUUUGGUCUCCAUUCUUUUUGCCGGAGUGGAAACAGAUAACCACCACUCUUGAGGUGAAUAAUUCUAACAAUUUUGAGCCACCCAAAGCGGCAUUAAAAUCAGCUGCCAUACCUAGAGACGUUAAUGGAACCCAAUUGACCAUUAACUGGACGUUGGAUAACCCUACUGAGCAAGUUCACCUGUAUUUUCACUUCGCCGAGCUUCAACCUCUUGAAAUAGAAGGCAACAGUAGUGACUUUCCCGCGGACAUCAUUAGAAUGCUCCAUACAAGGAAGUUUUACAUUGUGGUAAAUGGCAACGUUACUGUUGAUUCUUUUGUUCCUUUAGACUUGGCUGUAAAUACGGUAGAGACCGUGGUGAAGAAAUGCGAAGGCGGUAAAUGCAGUUUGCAGUUGGUAAAAAGCGAAUCUAUAUUAGGACGUCCACCUCUGGUUAAUGCUAUGGAGGCUUUCACAGCAAUCAAGUUUCCAAACUCAGAAACAGAUCCAGAUGAUGUCGUUUCUAUCAAGAUUCUUCAAGAUACGUAUGGAUUGAACAAAACUGACUGGCAAGGAGAUCCAUGUAGUCCCCAGCAGUAUUUGUGGAGUGGGCUAAACUGCAGCUACAUGAACAUGUCUACUUCACCCAGAAUCAUUUCCCUAAACUUAUCUUCACAUGGAUUAACUGGAAAAAUAGUGCCGCAAAUACAAAAUCUCACAGAGCUGCAAAUAUUGGACUUGUCAAACAACAAGUUGACCGGACGUGUGCCCGAAUUUCUAGCCAACAUGAAGUCACUAUUGUUCAUAAACAUAAGCAAUAACAAUCUUGACGGUUCCAUUCCACGAGCUCUUCUUGACAGAAAGAAGCUGCAAUUAUAUUUUGAAGGAAAUCCAAAGCUUUGUGGCUUAGAUACAUGCAAAAUUUCAAGCGGAAAUAAACAAAACAAAAUCAUAGUACCUGUUGCAAGUGCCGUAGCUAUUUUUAUAGUUGUUUCGGUUCUCAUUGUUGUUUUCAUAAAGAAAAGGCCAUCAAGUAUACAAGCUCUACAUUCGGCAACUACUAGUUUGUCGCUUGAAGGUAAAAUGAGAAGGAUAUCGUAUUCGGAGAUACAGUUGAUGACGAAUAACUUUGAAAGGGUUAUUGGUGAAGGAGGGUUUGGAGUUGUCUAUCAUGCUUAUUUGGAUGAUAGACAACAAGUUGCUGUUAAAGUGCUCUCUCCCUCAUCUUCUCAAGGCUAUAAGCAAUUCAAAGCAGAGGUUGAGCUUCUUCUUAGAGUUCAUCACGCAAAUUUGGUAAGCCUUGUUGGAUAUUGUGAUGAACAACCACACUUGGCCCUGAUCUACAAAUACAUGACUAACGGAGACUUAAAAGCACAUCUCUUAGGGAAGUAUGGGGAGUGUGUUUUAAACUGGGCAAACAGAUUAAGAAUAGCCGUGGAGGUUGCACUAGGAUUGGAGUACCUGCAUAGUGGAUGCAAACCACCAAUGGUUCACAGAGAUGUUAAAAGUGUGAACAUAUUGUUGGAUGAACAUCUUCAAGCUAAGCUAGCGGAUUUCGGUCUUUCUAGAUCUUUUUCCAUUGGAGAUGAAACUCAUGUUUCGACUGGUGUUGUCGGCACUCCUGGAUACUUAGAUCCUGAGUAUUACAAAACACAUCGCUUGACUGAAAAGAGUGAUGUCUAUAGUUUUGGGAUUGUGCUAUUGGAGAUGAUCACAAACCAACCAGUGAUUGAUCAAGUUAAUGAAUAUCCUCAUAUCGCUGAACGUGUAGGAACUAUGCUUACAAGGGGAGAUAUUAAAACCAUAGUGGAUCCCGACCUCAAUGAGGAGUAUGAUUCUGGCUCUUUGUGGAAAGCUCUUGAACUCGCGAUGUCGUGUGUGAAUCCUUAUCCGGUUGCAAGACCAGACAUGUCUCAUGUAGUUCAUGAACUUAAAGAGUGCGUGAAAUCUGAAAACUUGAGGGCAGGAUUAAGCCAAGUCAUGGAGUCAGAGAGUUCUGUGGACCAAGGCAUGAGUUCUGAAUCGGGAAUGACUCCAAACGCACGGUAGUGAUCUGACAUGUCACGUGUGUCCAAACUCCAAAGGGAUCAUUGUGGUGUGUCCUCAAAUCCGACCCUCCUGGAGUGAUUCUGAUAUUCAUUGAUUUGUUAACAUAAAUUCUUAUAAAUAAAAUAAAUUUCAAUGUACCUUUUUUUUGUUUGAGCCGUGAGAAUAACACUACCACUAAACCAUCAAUAUUUUUGAUAUUCAAUGUGUAUUAUAGCAAAUAAAAACAUGUACGUGUCUGUAUGUAAUGUAGUAGAUAUUGCGUGUG